AUGGAUUCGUGGAACUCGAAUAAGUCGAAUAGAGCGAUGCCGAGUUCUACUUUUACCGGUGCCACGACGUUGAGCCAAGGUAAGAAUGCGCAUUUGCGAGAGGACGGUGGAGGUGAAAAUCAAUUUUCGCUUGGAGUACGGCAUCAACAAGCACAAGAUUGUCCCAUCCAUGAUGGCCAGAAAUCGCGUGCCCACCGAGAAACCCAUAAUUCGAGGAGAAAUCCCGUAGAAGACGAUGUGGAGAAGAGCUUCGGUAUUUCCGACAACAAAAGGCGGGGGAAUCAGCACAGUAUGCUGGAUGUUCCUGUUGUUCACGACCAACAAGUUGUCGGGGCAGCUGCGGACGAAAAUAUUCUCUUCGCUGACGUGUCCUCGUUAAGCGUAGAUGCGCUGGUAAGCAGGUUCGGGAAUGACAUUUCCGCGCUCGCACACAUCGACGAUCAGGACGAAAGCUUUAUUGCAUUUUCUGAGAAUAUUAAAACAUCAUCUGUGCCAAAAGCUCCUACUGCCGGUAGUUCUAGUACCAGCACAUUUUCUUCAAGAUGCGGCACAAAAGCUACAAACCGACGCGACGACGAGACGCCGCAGCACAGCAGCUACCGUGCGGUGAAAGGGCAAUUUCCGGCUGGAAGUAGUUGUAGGAGCGCGAUAGUACCACCGUACUCGUCGCGGAAGCCGCUCGGCCCGUACGACAGGCCACAAGAAAAGUCUCCAACUUCGCGUCAACGCUGUAAAAAAGUAGAUCACGUUGCUGGAGGAAAAAUAGCUUCUGUGGGUGAAGAUGGGUCUUCUAAGGCGAUGAAAGAGUCCUCGUCAUCCUCAUCUUCUGCGGGCGGUGCUGAAGUAGAACUGGAUCCUUCCGAGCUUGGCUUUGUAUUGGGACUGAAGCUGAAUAUGUAGCGAUGCAUUUGUCCUUCUCGCAAAAGCUGGGAUCUAGACAGUGCAUGCUACGCCAUAGAUAGAUCUUCACGAGUCUUUUUCUACUUCGCUGUAAGUACUACUUUGAACGACACAUACAUACUCCUUUCGAGAAUGGCAAAAGAAACGUGACGAAACCGCGCUUCUACUCAGACCGGCAGAAAAGACGGGUUUCUGUCUUUGGUCGUGUACAUGUACGUCUUUG